AUGAUUAAAGGCAAGAAGACUCAAGUCUCUGGAAAUAUAAGGAUGCAGACCAUGUUGUUUAAGAUUGUUCUUGGUUCCUUUGUCUUAUUGGGUUCUAUCAGAGAUGUGAAUGCAGGGAUCACAAGCUCUUUCGUUCGGCCACAGUGGCCAGCAGAGGACAUGCCCGUCGAUCAUGAAGUGUUUGCAAUUCCACCUGGUUACAAUGCUCCUCAACAAGUGCACAUCACACAAGGUGAUUAUGAUGGAAAAGCAGUAAUUAUCUCAUGGGUUACCCCAGAUGAACCAGGACCUAGCCAUGUACAUUAUGGGACGUCAAACCAUAGGCUUCAAACUAGUAAAAAAGGCACAAUUGCAAACUACACCUUCUAUAACUACAAGUCUGGUUACAUUCAUCAUUGUCUUAUUGAAGGCCUUAAGCUUAAUACCAAAUACUACUAUAGAAUUGGAGCUGGUGAUUCUGCUCGAGAUUUUUGGUUCGAAACACCUCCCACAAUUGGGCCAGAUACUCCCUACAAAUUCGGUAUCAUUGGUGAUUUGGGGCAAACGUUUAACUCUCUUUCAACUCUUGAGCAUUAUUUGGAGAGUGGAGGACAGGCUGUGUUAUAUGUGGGAGAUCUUUCUUAUUCUGAUGAGCACGACUUCGAAGAUGUUGGUUUACGGUGGGAUACAUGGGGGCGAUUUGCAGAAAAAAGUGCAGCAUAUCAGCCAUGGAUGUGGAAUAUAGGAAAUCACGAAGUAGAGUUUAUGCCUGAAGUGGGAGAGUUAGUUCCUUUCAAGAACUAUCUUCACCGAUAUACUACUCCCUAUUCCGCCUCCAAUAGCAGCAGCCCCCUCUGGUAUGCAGUGAGGCGUGCAUCUGCUCAUAUAAUUGUGCUAUCCAGCUAUUCUCCAUUUGUGAAGUACACGCCUCAAUACAUAUGGCUUAAAGAAGAGCUGGCAAGAGUUGAUAGAGAGAAGACACCUUGGCUAUUUGUGGUCAUGCACAAGCCGCUCUACAGCAGUAAUGUAGCUCACUAUAUGGAGGGUGAAGCCAUGCGAUCAGUUUUCGAGAGCUGGUUUGUCCAAUACAAAGUUGAUGCCAUCUUUGCAGGCCAUGUCCAUGCUUAUGAAAGAUCAUAUCGAUACUCCAACAUAGACUACAAUAUAACUGGUGGUAGAAGGUACCCUGUACCUGACAAAUCAGCACCUAUUUAUGUAACAAUCGGAGAUGGAGGAAAUUUAGAAGGUCUUGCCUCAAGUUAUUUGGAUCCACAGCCAGAAUAUUCUGCAUUUAGAGAAGCAAGCUAUGGACACGCGACAUUGGAGAUAAAAAAUAGGACUCAUGCAAUCUACAACUGGUAUCGCAAUGAUGACGGCAAGCGAGUACCCGCUGACUCUUUGGUAUUGCUUAACCAGUAUUGGUAG